AUGUUAGCUUAUGAGGUGAUACUUAUGAAUGCUGAGAUUCGUACCUUUCGAAAAGCAAAUGAGACAUUGAGUAAAUGUCGUAGAGCUAAAAAGAGUCGGAUCCGUGAAGGAGGAGCACUUAGUGUACAAGAUGGAUGUGAUAUCAUAUUGCAAACUGAAGUGGAUAAUCAGAUUCGACGCGACGAAUGCUUUAAGAGGGGUAGUUCAAAUGGGGAACAAUCAACUUUACGUCGUUGUGGCUCUUGUGGUAAAAGUGGUCAUAAUGUACGAACCUGUCAGGAGGAUUUAGAAGACUCUAGUUUAUCAGAUUCCGAAUAG